CUUCACGGCCCUAGUCCAAGCGUGCCUGAUAGCACCCGUCCUAUAAAGCAGACCUUCGCCGCCGCCGCCGCCGCCUCGUCCUCAUUUCCUCAUCUCCCGGAUCGGGAGAGCGAUUCCCCAAGGAACUUAUCUUACCACCGUGAUAGUCAAGAUGGUGAAGUUUACAGCAGAGGAGCUCCGCGCAAUUAUGGACAAGAGGGACAACAUCCGCAACAUGUCUGUUACUGCUCAUGCGGACCAUGGCAAGUCUACGCUUACGAAUACGCUUGUAGAAGCUGCUCGGACUAUUGCCGAGGAAGUUGCUAGCGAUGUUCGCAUGACCGGUGCCCCUGCAGACAAGGCCGAGGGCGAGAAGGUUGUUGCUUCAUCACCUCCUUAGUCAGGGUCACACACUCACACCAAAGAUCUCAAAUAAGGCGCUCAGCCACCAUAAUAGUGUCUUCUUCUCUAUUGUUGGUGUCUUGGUCCUGAUGGAAGAUAAUGAUUCACUAAACUAUAGGAUCGUCCCAAGGUGUCAAGAGUUACCAGACUUGUUCUUGUGAUUCUUCUAUGUCUUGUAAACUCUAUUUUUUAAUGUGGUGACUUACAUC